CUUCGGUUCUUCACCCACUUAAGCCGCACCUUCACUAUGCUCCGCUGCCAUUGCUGCUGGUGGUGGUGGCAGAGCUUGAGAAAUUGAAAGACGCGAUUUUUGUUUCCGAAAUGGUUCAUGCUUGCAGGGAAACUCUUCUGGAGAUGAUAUUAAAAGCCUUUUCCUAAUCUCAAUCCAAGCACAAGCAGCUCCACUUUUCCCACGUGUUGUCAAACUGAACUGUAGAACAGCAAUAGAGGAUCUGUUAAAGGCCCAACAGAGAUGUCUAGUAUGAUCCAAGUCUUUUAUGAUCAAAUUGAAACAAAAAACGAGAAGUAUGUAACAACCCUUACAUACCACCUUAUUCUUGCAUUCAAUCAUCAUCACCCUCAGAUCUGAAGCCUUAAACCAUGGCUGAGAAGGUAAUGAAUGCCACAAAUGCUACAGGAAGGUCAAGAAGAGAAAUUGGAGACGAGAAAUUCGAGGAGAAGCAAAAUAUCGUGACAAUGACGGUGGCGUGCUGCAGCCCCAUCGAAAGCAUUGAAAUCCUCGACCUGUCUCAUUGGUGGGAGGGCUCGAGGCUCAGGCUAAAACUCACCUUACAUAGUAAUGCCCAAUUUUCACAAGGUGAACCCACUGGUAGUGUUGUUAGUUUCUUCAAAAUCAUUCGUAGUGGGCAUAUUCAUGAUGAGAAGAUUGAGCUUCCAACGGAAUUCACAAAUAAGUGUGGAUUGAAACUCAGGUGAUUCUGAAAGUUGUAGAUGGCAACCAAAAAAAGUGUAUUGGACCAAUAAUAAUGGUUCCAUUUGGUUUCUUGUUGGGAAGGAAUGGAAAGAGUUUCAAUACACUUAUUUUGGUUGCCAUCUACAACUUUCAGAAUCACCGGAGUUUCAAUCCACAUUAACAGAAUCAAAAUUAUUAUCCUAAUGAGAGCCGAGUUUAGGGCAAGGGUAGUCAACCUCAAGAGUGUUGUUGUCAAAGGACCUAAUGGAGGAAGCUACAUGAAGGAAGGAGGAUACCUACUAAGAGUAGCAGAUGGGAGGACAUGGAAAGUGACGUGCAAGACUUGGAAGAAGAGAGAUGGGGUGCCUUCCAUGCAAUACAAAUUUACUAAUAAGGGUUGGAUCAAGUUUAGCCGAGAAAUGAAGAUAACGAAGGAUGAUGUCUGUCUCUUUGAGCUCCUUGACAACAAGAAUUCUAAUGGUAGUAGCUCCACUACCAUACCAACCUUCAAUGUUCUAAUUUCCUAUGACCCCAUCUGUAUUCCCUAAUUAAGCUAGUUUAUUAUCUAUGUUGUUUAAUUUGGUCUUGUCUUGUGUUAGUUGUGACUAGGUUGUGUGUUAUGUUAUUAUGAUGCUACUAUUGUUAUUAUUAUACUUUGGUGGUUUUAAGUUAUUAAUUAUUAGUCAAAUUUAAUUAUA